GACCAGACGUGGGAGCUUAUGACAUCGAAAGGGAGCGCUCACCCUACCCUCACUACCGCGGUGUGGUACCGGCUAGGCCCGAGGGCCAUCUCCACAGUCCAGCAUACGAUGAUACCGUCUCCUGUAUAUCCUCUGAUUCGUCGGAGGGAUCGUCUUCGUCAACUCUAGCAGCUAGGACUCUUGGAAGGCGGAUGUUAUACGGCC